UAAGGUUUAGAGUAGAAGUUAAUAUUAAUAAUUGGAAAUAAGUAAUAUGACUUGGCUUGAGAAUUUUCAAGUGUCUAAAGAAGAAAAUCAUGGAUCACGAAUGUGGGACCGUAUAAUAAGUGCAACAGGUGCUAUUUCUAAGGCUAUGGCAGAUAAAUAUGUGGCUAUUGUAAAUGAAGAUGAAGAUCAUAAUAUAGAAAAUGAAAAUCAAUCAAAAGUAUCAAGAGUAUUAAGAGAAUAUUAUAUUAGGAAAAAUGGGUGUCUUCCUGAAUGGUUAAAGGUUCCUGAGGAAUUUGAAAGACGAAGUAUAAAAAGUUCUGAAAGCGUUCCUGCCAAUAUUUCAAAUCAUGAUAAUUUACAAAAUACACGGGUUGUGUCUAUUUCCUUUCGAGAUAUUUAUGAUUCAACCCCAAAGAAUAAUGAAUUACCGAUAAAAUCUGCUUCUUUUAAUACAGAUGAAUGCCGAUAUCAAAUUCCAUCAGCUAGUGAACGCUUGCGUGAAAAACUAUCGAGACGAAAUAUGAAUCAUAAUUGAAAUUAAUAAUAUUAGUAAUUGUAAUGUUUUAAUAAGGACUCAU